CUAAUCAUUCAGUUAUUCCCUCACAACAAAACCACUUUGAUUUUUCAUUUUGGUCGUAACAAAAACAGUGAGAAUUUAGAUUCAAAUUCAUCUGAAAUGUCUAGCAGAUGUUUGUUCGUUUUUACCGAAGAAUCGAAUGUUGAAGAAGAAGAGUUCCAAUAGAGAGAUCAAGGAUUACGAUUUGUAUAUACGGCGACUUUGUUUAUUUCACCUGAUUUUAACGAGAUUCAUUGUUUGCACAAAUUAUCAAACCCCCCUUGCUUCUACUACUGAUAUGUCUACUACAGUUAUAAGCGAUGCGAUGAUUAUACCUCCGACGGAUUCUCAGACGACGGAAGUAGAGUUUGCUACGUGUGAUUGUUGCGGAUUGACGGAGGAGUGUACGCCGGCGUAUAUAGAGAGGAUCCGGGAGAGGUAUGACGGUAAAUGGAUCUGCGGAUUGUGUGGAGAGGCGGUGAAAGAUGAAAUAAUGAGGAGCGAAAGGCUGAUGAUCAGCACCGAAGAGGCUAUGUUUCGUCAUAUGAACUUUUGCAGGAUGUCAUCGUCGUCAGAUCCGCCACCGAAUCCGGCGGUUCAUUUGAUCACUGCUAUGAGACAGAUUCUCCGGCGCAGUUUGGAGUCGCCAAGAUCAUUAAGGUCUGCGCCAAGUAGUCCAUUGAGGCACACCGGUAGCAUCCGACUCAGUCGAUCAUCGAGUUGUAUUACAGAUCUUGCACUUGAAUCUUCGUCGUAUACAGACCUGCAAGAAAUUGGGAAAUGAUGAAAAGGUAAGAACUAAAAGAUAAAUGAAUGCAAAUGAAGAGUAUAUAAGUUUGAUUUAUGUUGUUGCCUUGAGUGAUUGAAAAAAAUACAUGAUUAAUUUAGUUGAGAGAUUUGAAUUGUUUUUUUACCAGCAUAUAUACAUG